AUGUUCGGCACGGGAGGAGGAUUCGGAACAGGUGGAGGGUUUGUGCCAACACCAGGCUUCGGUCAAAGGGAAACAACGCCCGCGGUCGGAGCAGCAGAGACGCCAGGAGGGCAAGUGUCCACAGCCCAGCCGUUUGGACAACAGGCCUCUGGAACCAACGCAGCUCCAUCGCCUAACCCUGGCAAGAUUGCGGCUGCUGCUCCAGCUGCAGGAGAUUGCUACUACUUCUUACAAGGCACUUGCACCAAGGGUAACAAUUGCCUUUUUCGACACAGCGAAGCCGCUAGAGCAUCCGGCAUCGUGUGUCGAUUUUGGCAGAAUGGCUUCUGCAAGGAUGACGUCAACUGUCCUUUCCUACACCCGGUUAGAGGACAAGGGAUGGGCGGAGGCCGUGGCGGUCGAUUCGGAGGUGGGCGCGGAAUGGCUGCAGGCCGUGGCGGCUUUGGUGGAGGUCGUGGGGGCCCGCGUUUACAGGGUUGGGAGACGGUGGAUCGCAGCAAGCAAACGUGCGUGUUUUUUGUGCAAGGAAAGUGCACGAAGGGCGAUGCAUGCCCAUUUAGCCAUGCCAUCCCUUCGGAAGGAGGCGUCAGCCAAGCAGCCGAGGCUAACCACCUGCCGCAGCGUGCAGCGGUACCCGAGGGGCGACCCCAACCACCUGCUAUGGAUUCCUCUCCCGCACCCGUGCCGGCUGCUCGGAACGAUAGUGUGCCGCAAACCAAAACUAGUGCAUCGGAGGCAUCGCGCGGAGAAGAGACAAAGGCAAACGGGAUUCCUGGGCAGAGCUCAGCUUCGGUGCGUGUCUCAGGUGCGGGGCGAGAGGAGGCACGGUCAUUUUCUCGGCGCGUCGGUGCGUUCGGUGACGGAGCUUCCAAGGCGGACCCGGCCUUAGCGGUGGCGAGUGCCGGUAAGGCAUACGUGACUGCCCGAAAUGGUCAAGCUCGUGCUACUUCUUCAUCGGAUCAGCGCCAAGAAGCACCGGGGAUAAUCGUUCUGCCUGAUGGUGGCCUUGUCACACGCAAGAGAGCGGCAGAGCUGCAACUGCGGAAGGAUGAACGUGGAGACGCGGAAGCCAGAAAUGUGCGGCAACGAGACGGUCGAGAGCAGGGCCGAGCACAAGAACGCAGGCCUACGUCGGGUAGCAGAGGUGUGCUACCGGUUGGUCGCGUACCGAUCCUGGACCGUUUGGGCCCAGUGACACAGGCAUCGGACACGGCACCCACGACGGAAUGGAUCGUUGCCCCUGCCAGGAUUCGACGCGAAGCCCCUACUCUGCAAGCCCGGAAGCGAGAAGAGCCGCGCCCGCACGUCACGCCGGUCGAACGCCCAGGUUUGCAGCCGUCUUCGUCAUCAUCGCUUCCAAGGUCUCGGGUUAUGGCUUCGGCGCUGCCCACGCGCCGCACGGGGGGUGGGCGGGGUGCCGGCGGCGAUUCCACUUCGGCGAUCGCUAGACCGGCAGUAGUGGCGCAACGUAAAUCGAGCGCACUGGAUUUCAAAAUUCCUACCCUCGAUGAAAUUAAGAGUCGAAAGGCCAAAGCGGAGGUGGCAGCGCCGAGGGUCACAACGAAAAGGGACCAAGCGUUCUCUGCUAGUAAUGGGGAAAAGCCUAUGUCAGCAACGCCAGCUGCGCCAGAUGCUGUUGAAGAAGCGCCUACUUCACCCAACUCUGUAGUAUCAACCACUGUAGGAGUGCAGCCCUCUUUGCCAUUACCGGCACCAGCACCGACACCGACGGUGCAGAGUGAUCCCCCGCAGUUGGACGCGGAGGAUAUGGAUGAGUUUAGUGAGUGGCUUUAGACAGUUGUUAUAAGGUUGGUGUGUUAGUUUGUUA